AUGAGCAAUUUAACUUUUUCGGAAGAAAAAUAUAUAAAGUUAAUAAAUUUAGCUAAAAAACUCGAGGAAUGUCAAAAAGAUCUGUUGCAAUAUCAAAAAGUAGAAAUAAUAAAUAAAUGCAAUAACACAAAUUUACCAUAUGAUAUCAACUCUUCUAAAUUUAAAAUUAAAAAUGUAAACAAAAAACAUAAAAUAAAAAAUUCCAUUUUAAGAAAGAAUACAGACAAACGAACACAAACAGGCGCAUCAACAUUUUUACAACAUAAGGAAUUCCCCAAGUCUAACAAAUUAAAAGCGGAUGUAACUUCUAGAAAAAUUAAUGACAAUAAAAACUUAUGUAUCUUAAAAAAUAAAAAUAUUGGAGUAUAUAAUGAAAAUCAAAAAAAAAAAAAUUAUAUAACUAAAUUUAUUAAAAGUGAAUCAUUAGAUAGAAACAAAGGUGAGAAAAUUAAUUUAAAAGAAUCAAGUUUUACUAAUUUCUGCAGAAAGGAAGUAAGUGAAAAGAAACAUUUGAUCAAUCAUUUCGAUGAAAAAAAGAAAAAAAAAAAUAUAUUUGUAAAAAAGGAUAAAAAUAUUUUAUCAUCAUUUAAAAAUACUUUAAAUAAUUUUAAAAAAACUAAUAAGGUAGUUAACCCUAAUAUAAAACAUUCAGACAAAAAAACAAAAAAAAAAAAAACUCUAAGAGAAAAAAAGAAUACUAAUGAAAAAGAAAACAAAUUUUUUUAUAAUAGAAAAUGUAAAGACAACACUAAUGUAAACAAUUUAAAACUCAAAAUUAAUAAUCACUUUGGAAAUAUUCAUAAGGUAAGAUCGAGUUUAACUUCAAAACUGCCUACUCAUUAUUAUUCAGAAAAAACAAAAUACCCUCAUAAACACUCCUUAUCAUGUAUGAAUUAUGGAAGAAAUAUCUCCUUAUGUACUAAAGAUAUCUCGAAAAAUCAUAAUAUUAAAUUAAUGAAAAAAUAUAAAAAUAACACAAAAACACAUAAUAUGUAUAAUAAUAAAUUAUUUUUAAAGAAAUGUAAAUUAGAUGUAAAGAGAAAAAGCACAUAUAAUUCAAAUAUGAAAAAUGAUUUAUCCAAAUACAUUAGUUACACAAAUAAUUGUAAAAAUUCAAAUUUUAAAGAAAAAAAAAGUUUAUUAAAUAAAAUGAAUCUUUUGUCAAAAAUUUUGAAUCCCUCAAGAAAUAAUAUUUCUCUUUCUAAAAGAACUUCCCAUUUUAUAACCAAUAAAAAUGGUAAUAAUUAUUCUGAAAAACAUAAUACAAAAAAAAUUUUAACUCAGAAACAUUCUAUGAAGGAAAAGAAUGAUAAAAAUUGUACAAAUAUUAAUGCUAAAGCUUGCAAAGAACUUUUGAAAUAUUUAAAUCGUUCUAGUUUCAUUAUUUUCACAAAAAAUCAUAAGAAAAAAUCCCUAAAAUCUAAAAUUUUAAAAAAUAAAAUUUUAAACAAAUAA